AAUGAAGUUCCAAUCGCUGAUUAUUCCUACAAUUUUUAUCGUGUUAGUUGUAUUAUUUUAUGUUCAAGCUGAAGAGGUUGGUGAAGUGGAAGUAGAAGCAAUUGCACAAGGAGGUGGAGGCAAGCGAAUUCAACGCCGAUUUUCAUGUUAUGCUGCUUGCGCUGGACAUUGUCGAGCAUAUUAUGGCUACUCCAGUUACACAGACUGCUGUGAAUGUUAUUCUCGUUACGGGUAG